CAUGGCGGCCUCUGUUUCACCGCUACGCUCCUCCUUCAGGAUUUGUAGCCCGUUAACGUUACACCAUCACUGCUGCCGGGCCAAACUGCGGAUGCACAGAAAAUGCGAGAGUCAAAAGAGACAUCUACACGAGUCGGCGACGAGGCAUGCCGCCGUGGUGAUUUCGGGAACAGAGCUAGCCCGUCAGCUCCACAGAGAAAUCCAGCGUGAUGUGGAAGAGCUGGUAGCUCAGGGCAACAUGAGACCACACCUAGGUGUGGUCUUAGUGGGAGACGACCCAGCCAGUCAUACCUAUGUUAAGAACAAGACCCGCGCAGCCAGCAUCCUGGGUAUUUCCAGUGAUACAGUGGUGCGGCCCAGCACAGUGUCUCAGGAGGAGCUGCUGGAGCUGAUUGACAAGAUGAACCGUGACUGGAGGGUCAGUGGCUUAUUGGUGCAGCUCCCACUUCCAGAGCACAUAAAUGAGCGAGCAGUAUGCAAUGCCAUCGCUCCAGAGAAGGACGUGGAUGGCUUCCAUAUUGUGAACAUCGGUAAGCUGUGCCUGGACCAGAGAUCCAUGGUGCCUGCCACUCCUGCAGCUGUCUGGGAGAUCAUCAAAAGAGCAGGUAUUGAGACUGUGGGGAAGAAUGUCCUUGUCGCUGGCCGCUCCAAAAAUGUUGGAAUGCCCAUUGCAAUGUUGCUGCAUACUGAUCGCCAUCAUGAGCGUCCUGGGGGUGAUGCCACAGUGACCAUUACCCACAGAUGUACUCCAAGGGAAAGGCUCAAAGAGCUAACCAGCCUGGCUGACAUCAUUAUUGCAGCUGCAGGUGUUCCUGAGCUGAUCACAGCAGAUAUGGUGAAAGAAGGUGCAGCAGUCAUUGAUGUGGGUAUAAAUCGCAUCAAGGAUCCAAACACGGGAAAACUUCGGCUCAUUGGUGAUGUGGACUUUGAGGGAGUGAAGGAGAGAGCAGGUUUCAUCACACCUGUCCCUGGAGGGGUGGGUCCAAUGACUGUCGCCAUGCUGAUGAAGAACACUGUGACUGCUGCCAGAAACGCACUGAUGCAUUAAACAUACACACACACACACAUGCACACCAACAUGCCUACACCUACACACACACAUGUGCACAUGCAGUAUAAAGAUAUUUAUUUUAACAAAUGCUUUACAGGGCAGACAUCAUGCAGACAUGCAGGUAUAGAUGCAUACAUUUAUAUAGGCACACGCACAGGCAGACCACCUGCCAAACAUCUAACACAGUUUUAUUUGAACAUCUGUGAACUCAAGACUCAAUACCUGCUGGGAAAUUUACUUGAUAUGUAUUGCGUUUAUAAUAUUUAUUUAUUCAUUUAUUUAUUAAGUUAUUUAUUUCAAAUUUCACUUUUUAAGAAUUUAUAUUAAUA